AGGUAACAAACAUUGACAAAUUUACAAACGUCAAUCAAACAUCAAAAUAUUACAGAAUCGGACAAGAGAAAUAGAUUCUUUUGUAAAAUUAAAAAUUGAUGUAAAAAGUGGUAAUUUGCAUUGGACUUUAAAUUGAUAGCCGACCAAAUUACCAAGCUACAAGUUUUGUUCGCUUAAGACACUAAUUUCUUUUAAUUAGAAAUGGCAGGGCCAAUGGAAAGAAUUCAAGUUCUUGACGAUAUUGAAAAGGACAUUAUAACUUGCUUACAAUGUGCUGCACAAGCACUUUUGGAAUUAGGCAAAGAAAAAUCAAGUCAGAAACAAGCUGAGACAAAUACCUCACAAUUCUUAAGAACUCUUAGUCAAGUGGAGUCCAAAUUGAGUGACCAGAUUAAUUAUUUGACCCAAGUUUCUACUGGACAGCCACAUGAAGGCUCAGGAUAUGCAUCUCAAAAAGUUUUGCAGAUGGCUUGGCAUAGACUUGAACAUGUCCGCUCCUGGGUCAAUGAAUUGGAUAGACUAAAAGCAUCACACUUGGCUGCAGCAAAUCGUCCAACACCAGGAAUUCCUAAUGGCAGUAUGACUUCUUCUGGAACUAGUACUUAAGUGUUUUUAGAUCACAUUAUAUCUGUACCAAGUUUAAAUAAAAU